AUGGUUGAAUUGAUGAACCAUCUUGUUCAUGGUGCUGAGAAGAUGUCUGAGAAGCUCUACAAAAUCUUUACAGACAUUCUUGCCCUCCUGCACCUCAAAGGUGCAUGCACCAAUUGCUACUACAAUAGUAGUGGAUAUCAUUGUUCAUUUUGUCUGAAUGCAAAGAAGAGAAAGUGCAGCAAGGCUGCUACAACCACCACCACCACCACCAACAACACUGACACUGAGGAGCUCAUGAAGGCUGAAAAUCCAACUGUCAAAAAGACAAAGAAGUUAGAGUAG